AUGUAUAAAAACCAAGCUGCACCAAAAACAGCCAUCCAAUCACAGCAAACCAAACCAACGGCCGACCAAAGACAACCGGAGACCUUCUUCACAACUCCUCCCCUUACCCUGGCCCCCCCAAGGACACUUCACCUUCAGUUUAUAGGUGCGGAGGGUGACAAACGCAGGGGUGAGCACUGCAGGGAGGGUGCCUUGUCAAUUAGCAUUGCUAUAGAAACGACCCAGGGGAUGAUGCUCCUGUGUGAUACCGUGGAUACAGAAUGCUGCUACCAGGACAUUCAGUGGAACAAACCAAAGUCUCAUGCAUACACACAGGAGAAAAAUAUUAAAGGGAACAAUUUAUUGAAAGUUAUAUAUAUUAUAUAUAUAAAAGAAGACAGAAACCCUAAAUAA